AUGAGAACUACAACAACUAGAACAACACCUGAACUACCUGGAACAAUAGGCCCUGCUACGACUCCAGGUAGAAAUCCACCUGGACAACCUUCAACAAUAAGAACUACAACUACAACUACAACUAGAAUAACAAUUUCAACACCUAAACCACCUGGAACAAUGGGCACUACUACUACUACAAGUAGAACACCACCUUUAAUACCUGAACGCCCUUCAACAAUAAGAAAUACAACUGCAAAUAGAAUACCACCUUCAACACCUAAACCACCUGGAACAUUAGGCACUACCACAAAACUUUCCAGCUUUAAAGAGCGGGUGAAGUUUUAUAAUGUUACGGGUGAGGGCUGUGAGAUAUUCAGACGUAUAUCUUCCGAGCACUUCAUAUACGCGUAA